AAGCAAGUGCAUCCUGUGUAUUAUUUAAUUGGACUACAUGUAAAGUAGAACUUUCAAUUAGCACAUUUAUGAUCUCAUUACUUUCUCUCCCUCAGAUACCAUAGUUUCUAUUGUGCUUUUUCUAUUUUUGACAUACUCAUUGAAAAAGUUUUGAACAAGCAAAUGCUCUCUUGCUCUGAUCACCUUAGUAUUUUUACUGUGGGGUUUUUUAACAUACCGUAUUUUUCCGUGGAUAAGAUGCCCCCAUGUAUAAGACACCCCCUAUUUUCGGGGACUCCAAAUUAAGAAAACACCCACCAGCAUUAUUCGUGUGUAAGAUGAGCCACAAUUUUAAACCUAAUUUUUUUGUUUAAAAAACCUAGUCUUAUACACGGAAAAAUAUGGUAUUCAGAAUGGCAUUUAUUUUUGUUAGUUGCUUUGAAACUCCAUGUGGAAAGCAACAGAAAAAAUGAAUCAAAUUUUGAAGUCUUGUCAGUUUUACAUUUGUAAGUAACCUUUGUUCUAUUUAUUAUUAAAACAGAAGGAUAGCAGUAGUGUGAAGUGUAAUAGGUGUAUUUUAUUCAUCAUAUUUGUAUCCCAUCUUGCCUCCAUGGAGUCCAUGGCAGUGUAUAUUAUCUAGUCCAUUUUGUCUUCACAACCAUCCUGUAAGUAAAUACCUUCCCAAUGCUGACCCAGUGAACUUACAGAUGGUUUCUCUUUUUGCCCAAGUUUAAAUCUUUGCUGUCAUGACCCCAGAGUCCAGCAGCAAUCAAAUCAAGGCUCUGAGCUGGAAGCUGCAGUCUCCAACUUUGGAUCUGGAGCAGGUGCAGGGCUCUAAGCCUAUUCUUGGAGAUUGGCAAUCUGCUCUCAACCUUUGUUGGAUCCAGCAUCAGAACACAACAGGACAGAUGUUUCAUAGUACAUCGUAAGAGACCACAAGAUAAAGCUGUGGUGAAGAUUUUUAUCAAGAUCAUUGAUAAGACAAAAUAAUAUUACCUUUCCAUGUGGAGAAUAGAAGCAGAAAAAAUAAAAGGGUAAAAAAAGGGAAACGUUGAAGAAAUCACAGUACUUCUAUCAAAUCAGAAAGAAGCUGAUUCCUGCAUACCUACCCAGCAUGCACCCAAGGAUGUCAUUAUUGUAUGAGAGAACACAGAUGUAAUCAUCCUAUGUGUUCCUUACAAUCUUAAGCAUCACAACAUAACUUCACCUAUGUUUCAGAAGCCUGGAUUACAAUAAUCGAGCUAUAGCUGGUGUUAGCCAAAUUGCUCCUUUUAUAGGGACACAUUGCACUUAAUUCAAUCCAUGGCUUCUGUGCCUUCAUUGGCUAUGACAUAGUAAGUGCUUUAUGAUGGUUCUGAUAAACUUGCUGCACUAAAACUUGUUCAGCCCUGCCGAAAAUUUAUGGUGAGGUUUUCACAACUUCUGAAACAGUAAAUCAUAACUAUUACAAUGCCAUGACAUUUUUACACAUCAGCUGUAUGACUGUAAGAACACAGCAGGUGCAAAGGAGUUACACUACAUCACUUUUUUUUGCCAAAACAGGUGUAGUAGAAUUGCAUCAAUGGACAUGAUGUGCCAUGCUAAUUCAGAAAAAACAUUCCAAAUCCAGAUGGCAAUGGAUGGAAGAUGGCAGAGAUACCUCGCAGAGUGGAUGCCUCCUAGACCAGCACCAAAUUUAGUUCUGAAACCUGUUGCACUGCAGAUGUGAGCAGUCUGGCACAGUGUUCACAUGCAGCUGCAUAAAGAAUGGAAUCUCCUUCUGGACGCCGGAAAGCUCUUGCUACCAGCAAUAUUAACAUGAAGCAAUAUGCAAGUCCAAUGCCUACACAGACUGAUGUCAAGUUAAAAUUCAAGCCUCUGUCUAAGAAAGUGAUAUCUGCCACCCUUCAGUUCUCUUUAUCAUGUAUUUUCCUGAGGGAAGGGAAAGCAACGGAUGAAGACAUGCAAAGCCUGGCAAGUUUGAUGAGUAUGAAGCAAGCAGAUAUUGGAAAUUUAGAUGAUUUUGAAGAAGAUAAUGAAGAUGAUGAAGAAAACAGAGUGAACCAGGAAGAAAAGGCUGCAAAAAUUACAGAAAUUGUAAACCAGUUGAAUGCUCUGAGCAGCUUAGAUGAAGAUCAAGAUGACUGCAUAAAGCAAGCAAAUAUGCUUUCAGCUAAAUCAGCCAGUUCCUCUGAAGAGCUUAUAAACAAGCUUAAUUUUUUGGAUGAAGAGGAUCAAGACGUGGCCAAUUCGAGAUCAAAUCCAUUUGUAGAUCCUGAUACAACAGAGCUGAAUCCCUUUGGAGACCUUGAUAUGGAAGAAACAGAUAUUAAUCUAGCUUCAUCUUCAAAACAAGAAGAAUCCUACUAUGAUGAUGAUGACGAUGAGUACAACCCAUUCAAGGAUGAGGAGGUUGCAGAGUAUGUGAAUCCUUUUGAUGAGGCAGACCCUGAAAUAGAAAUGCUAGCACCCGUCAAAGACUUUCCUCCUCAACCAGCAAAAAGAAAAAAUAUACGGCCUGUGGACAUGAGCAAAUACCUCUAUGCUGACACAUCAAAAGCAGAUGAAGAGGAGUUAGAUGAAUCAAAUCCAUUUUAUGAACCAAAAUCAAGUUCUGCUUUUAAUAGCCAAGUUACUCCGCUACAAGAAAUGGAAAGGAAGAGGAGAAGAAAAGCUCCUGAACCACCAAUUCUCUCACCAAAGACAGAAGUGGAAACAAGUGAGAUCAAGUCAGCUAUUUGUGCACGGAAGGAGCUUUCCUCUUCUCCCAAGCCAAGCCCAAAAGCAAGUCCUGUUUUGGGGAGGAAGACAAAUGCUAGUCAGUCACUGCUUGCUUGGUGCAAAGAAGUUACAAAAAACUAUAGGGGAGUGAAAAUCACCAAUUUCACUACAUCCUGGCGAAAUGGAUUAUCCUUUUGUGCAAUAUUACACCACUUUAGGCCUGACCUAAUCGACUACAAAUCUCUGAAUCCUCAAGAUAUUAAAGAGAACAACAAAAAGGCUUAUGAUGGAUUUGCCAGUUUAGGAAUAUCCCGGCUGCUAGAACCUUCUGACAUGGUUUUGUUAGCAAUUCCUGACAAACUGACUGUUAUGACCUAUCUAUAUCAAAUCCGGGCACAUUUCAGUGGGCAAGAGCUAAAUGUGGUUCAGAUCGAAGAGAACAGUAGCAAAAGCACAUACAAAGUGGGCAACUAUGAAACAGACCCAAACAGUUCUGUUGAUCAGGAAAAGUUUUAUGCAGAACUAAAUGACCUGAAACGGGAACCAGAACUGCAGGAGCCUGAAGGGAGUUUGGCUGACACUGUUUUUCAGGGUGACUCUGUAUUUAUAAAUGAGAGUGGAACUGGCAAGUCAGAAAGUGAGUGUCAGACACCAGACAAGCAUCUAAGCCUAAAUGUGGCUCCCCAUUCCUCUAACAGGACUAAAAGUGACACAGAUCAACAAAAACAACAACAAAGCUUAGGAAGGACUUCUGGACUUGAGGAAACUGUGAAAAGCAGCAGAACACAAGCACAGCCCUUAUUGGGAAGGAGAAAACUACUAAAAGCAGACACUUUGGAUUUGAGUGAUUUGGCACAAGUUAGUGAUCCAAAAAGGGAUGCUUUUCCAGAAACUUUAUGUGAUGGGACUGACAAAAAAGAACAACAAAAUUCUGACAUCACCAUUAAUUUCUCAGAACUAGAAAAACAUGAACAUCCAGAUGUCAGCGAGAGAAGGAAAUUGCGUUCUGAAUUACAUGUUGAAAAACCAGAAGUGGGAGAUAAACCUGGACAUUCCCACAGUAGGGAUGCAGAUGUUGAUAAAAAAUGUAAUGCCUCUCAGAGGCAAAUGGAGACUGACUCUGAAUUUGAGACCAAAACAGCUAUAACUCCAACAGAUCUGACUGCAAAAACUGCACAGCAACGGAUAUUAUCAAGACAAGAAGAAUUAAAAGAACGGGCAAGAGUUCUGCUUGAACAAGCAAGAAGAGAUGCAGCUUUAAAGGCAGGAAACAGGCAGCUCUCCAGUUCAACUAUUUCAGGCCGCUCUAAGCAACCAAAUGAUCAGCAAGAUGAAGAGCGGCGUCGGCAGCUGAGAGAGAGAGCUCGUCAGCUAAUAGCAGAAGCUCGAUCUGGAGUGAAGAUGUCAGAACUUCCUAGCUACAGUGAAAUGGCUGCAGAAAAGUUGAAAGAAAGGUCAAAGGCAUCUGGAGCUGAACAGAGCAGCAAGUUGGUGGAUUGGAAGCUGAAGAAGCUCCUGGAAGCUCAGCCACAGGUGGCAAAUUCACUUUCCAGUGCUGCUCAGAAAGCAGUCAUUGAUGGCACAGAACAAGAGUUUAAGAAUGAGACAGAAGAACAUCGUGCUGAGCGAUUACCAAAAGCAACAGAAUGUUUUAGAAAUCCUGUUGUAUUCAGCAAGGACUCCACAGUCAGAAAAACUCAGCUUCAGUCAUUCAGUCAAUAUGUUGAAAACAGACCAGAGAUGAAAAGGCAGAGAUCAAUACAGGAAGAUACAAAGAGAGGAAAUGAGGAGAAGGCAGCGAUAACUGAAACUCAGAGGAAGCCAUCAGAAGAUGAAGUGCUUAAUAAAGGGUUCAAAGACACCAGUCAGUAUGUUGUAGGAGAAUUGGCAGCACUAGAGAAUGAGCAAAAGCAAAUUGACACCCGUGCCGCGCUGGUGGAGAAGCGCCUUCGCUAUCUCAUGGACACAGGUAGAAACACUGAGGAAGAAGAAGCUAUGAUGCAAGAAUGGUUCAUGUUGGUCAAUAAGAAGAAUGCCUUAAUAAGGAGGAUGAAUCAACUCUCCCUGCUGGAAAAGGAGCAUGACCUAGAGAGGCGGUACGAACUGUUGAACAGGGAGUUAAGAGCAAUGCUUGCCAUUGAAGACUGGCAAAAGACCGAAGCCCAGAAGAGGAGAGAGCAGCUUUUGCUCGAUGAGCUUGUUAUUCUUGUUAAUAAACGUGAUGCACUGGUCAGAGAUUUAGAUGCUCAAGAAAAACAGGCCGAAGAGGAAGAUGAGCAUUUGGAAAGGACCCUAGAGCAAAACAAAGGAAAGAUGGCCAAGAAAGAAGAGAAAUGUGUCCUUCAGUGACUGGCUUUCAUGGGGCAUGAUACUGUUGCGUUUUAUAGCUUAACCCUUCUUACAUUUUGGAAAUACUGACACAAGACUAAAAAGACAAAAUCUCAAAUAAUAAACUUCAGAAAAUGUUUAAACCUUCCAUUUGACUAGACCAGCUUUACCCCAAAUUGUUUUCUUAUUCCCUCUCCCCACAAACAAUAUUCCUUCAAAAUCACCUUUCUCCCUGAUUUACUUGCAGACUUAAGACAAAAAAAUUACAUACUUUUAAAUAAGUCUGCAUCCAAAUGUUGUGGCAACACCUGGGUUGUUAAGGAGGGGAGAAACCCUGGCUUUUUAAUUUUUUGUUGAAAUAACUUUCAAAUACAUUAUUUUAUGUAAUAAUAUUGCAGAGGGAGAGAAGACAAAAAUAAUUUUGAAUGAUUUUAUCCAGUCCUGUUGUGUGUAAUAUUUAAUACGCUACCUAAAAUUGUUUAGCUAGAUUAUACUCAGACCAUUUAUUACGAUGCGCUAUAUUUACCAAUGUUUAUUGCAGCAGCAGUUUUACAUUUUUACCAAUUAUUUAAUUAUAAAUUUAAGACUUUUUGAUGUGCUCAGAGAGAAGGUAUACCUUUCAAAAGCCUUGUGAUCUGAAUAAGUGAUUGUAAUGAUGAGACCGACUGAAGUGUGAUCAGUUUACAAAAAAAAUCAUCUUUAGAGGCAAUUCCAUUUUUAUUAAUUAUUUAUUUACCUCUCAGUUUUGCUCCAUUCUCUUCAUUUUGUUCAACCUCUGCAUCCUGGCUACACAAUGCUGUUAAUAUUUAUUGUGUAUCCACCAGGGGCCUGUCUUGCCAUUAUCUGCAAAAUCCCCUUGCAAGUUAAUAUAUCCUUCACUAGCACCCCACUCAUUUUUGUGAAAACUGUUACAUUUAUUUAUUACAAUACUGAGUUAUGUAUAAAUUUUCAAUAAAGCUGGAUCUUUCUUACCAUAACUCUGGUGGUC